AGAAGACCGUCACAUCCCUCUGCUCUCUGCCUGCUCAGUGUCUGAGGCUGGAAUUUAUUUCUAUUUUAAGGGUUUCCAUGAGGGGACAAACUGUGGAUUGACUGGCAGGAAAAUGGUUCCAGUUAAACUCCUCAUUCUGGGAGAUCAGAACACUGGGAAAACAGCACUGUGUGUUCGUUUCAUAACCAAACGCUUUAUUGGCGAAUACGACCAUAAAAAGGAGGUGACCUACAGAUGCAGCCGGGUGGUCGACCAAGAAACUGUUGAUCUGGAGAUUCUGGACACAGCUUGUAAAGAGAGCUCUGUGGCUUCUCUGGAGUCUUCCAUCCGCUGGGCCGAUGGAUUCCUGCUGCUCUACUCCAUCACGCAGCGCCGCAGCUUCCUGGAGGUCCCACGACUCAAGACGCUCAUCGACAAAACCAAACACAGUCUGAUUGCUCCUGCAGUGCUGGUCGCCAAUAAAGCAGAUUUGGAAAUCGGCAGGGAGGUGACAACAGAGGAAGGACAGAGGCUUGCGAAGGAUUUAAGGUGUGGUUUUAGGGAGUUGUCUGUGGCCGAAGCAGUUUUAGCAGUGGAAGCAGCAGUUCUUCAGCUCAUUAGGCAGGUGUUGGAUCAGCAGCGCCCUCUGCCUGACCGUCGCUCCUACAUGCUGACAGUUCGCCACGCUCUGACCAGGAAACUGACCCGAUCUAAGACCAUGCAGUGGUGACACACAGCCCGCGCUUCACUGAAACAUGAAGCUACGUCAACAGGAAGUGUGAUGAGAAAGAAAACCUCCAAAGAGUUCUGUAAAUGUUCAAGACGUGCCGUGUAUAUGUGGACCGGUUUCAGAUCUUUUAUGGAACACAGAUGAUUUCCUGCAGCUUUUGGCUUUCUGGAUUCAUGCUUGUUAAGGCCUUGGUUUCAAAAUAUAACACAGAGAACGUGUACGACAUGACAGCUGUUUUUGCGAAGUAAAUCCCUGCAGAUAAAAAGUCAA